CGAACGCGCAUCAAAUUAGCAUCGAUGAAGUUUGUGCGAACAUGGCGGAUUUCCUGCCGUCCAGGUCCGUGUUAAAAGUUUGUCUACCAGUGUGCCUCCUGAACAGCGGCGAGGUGGAACAACUGAGAAAGUCCAAGGAGAUCGACAGGGACAUUUCCCGGCAGAAAACGUACGUGAAGCGGCUGGUGAAGAUCCUGCUGCUCGGCGCUGGUGAGAGCGGCAAGUCGACUUUCCUCAAACAAAUGCGGAUCAUUCACGGCCAGGACUUCGACCAGCACGCCCGAGAAGAGUUCAGAGCCACCAUUUACAGCAACGUUAUCAAAGGUAUACGUGUGUUGGUGGAUGCCCGGGAGAAGCUGCACAUCCCUUGGGGUUGCCUGGACAACCAAGAGCAUGGAAACAGUUUGAUGGCAUUUGAUACCCGAUCAGCAAAGAUGGCCUCCGGCCACCUGGAGACCUCGGUCUUUCUGCAGUACCUUCCCUCUAUUAAAGCUCUAUGGACGGACUCGGGCAUACAGAACGCUUACGAUCGCCGGAGGGAGUUUCAGCUGGGUGAGUCUGUGAAGUAUUUCUUGGAUAAUCUGGAUAAGCUUGGUGAGCCGAGUUAUCUUCCCAGUCAACAGGACAUCCUCCUGGCCCGCAAGCCCACCAAAGGCAUCCAUGAGUAUGACUUUGAGAUCAAGAAUGUGCCCUUCAAGAUGGUGGAUGUGGGCGGGCAGCGAUCAGAACGAAGGCGCUGGUUUGAGUGUUUUGACUCGGUCACCUCCAUCCUGUUUCUCGUCUCGUCCUCAGAAUAUGACCAGGUGUUGAUGGAGGACAGGCAGACCAACCGGCUGCGGGAAUCGCUCAACAUUUUUGAGACCAUCGUCAACAACCGCGUCUUCGCCAAUGUGUCAAUCAUCCUUUUUCUCAACAAGACAGACCUGCUGGAGGAGAAAGUGAAGACGGUUCCGCUCAAGGACUAUUUUCCUGACUACACCGGGCCCGAGCACAGCCUGCUGGACAUCCAGGCUUUCAUGGUAGAGUGUUUCCGUGCCAAGAGACGAGAGUCCACCCAGAAGCCCCUUUACCAUCACUUCACCACAGCGAUCAACACUGAGAACAUCAGGCUGGUGUUCCGCGAUGUCAAAGACACCAUUCUCCAUGACAACCUCAAACAGCUGAUGCUCCAAUGACCCCUGUCAACCUGUGAAAAUAGAGGACCUGAAUGGGGACAAACCACCCUUUGCUCCUUAAGAGGACUUGGGAAAGACCAGCCUCAGAAGAACCAGAUAGAAUUCAUCACUCUGCUUCAGUCUCUUUUUUUUGUACUUAUUUCUGUUCUACUCUCUUCGUUUGAAGAGUUGGCCUUCUUGUUAGUUCACGGUUUAGUAGAGGCAGGAGUCAGUCGGGUAGACCUGAGGUCUGGCAUCUGCUGCCUCGUCGUCCCCCCAGAAAGCUUCCGUACUCCAUAAAUUGGGGCUUUUCGACUCGCAGGGUGCCAGUACAUAGCUUAGAAAGCCUGUAAUAUUUAGCACGAACCUAAGUGCUGCCAAGCGUUUUGAGUAUCAAGUGAUUGUUUGAGAUGUGGCUUACAAGUAACAGCUGCCACAGUGAAUUAAUAACUUUGUUUACAAGUUCUAAGAGCUUUUAAUCAGCGUAGUUACUAAUGGUUAAAGUUCACCAAGGUCUUGUCUGAAAAGUAGCAUUUGCUGAUUAAUGUACUCAUCUGUAAUCUACUGUUGAGUUAAAAUCUAAAUUCACACAGCUGUAUUGGGCUGUUCGUGUGAUUUAAUAGGUGUCAUGUUUUAAGGCUCUUGUAGUCCUUACGAGUUCGUGAACGAACUGCUGUGUUCUCAAGAAGUUGCGUUCCCUCAAUGUGACAUUGUUUCUCCUUCCAAACAACCACAACAAUUGGGCAGAUCUCACACCAAUUCUGUCAAAUAUUUAACGGCAAGAUCCAUCAGUACAGCUCAAGAUUUAGUGCGAACUGGCACCUUGUCUUUAGAAAACCACAAUAAAGAACCGCAACAUGUGACGUUUGAGCAUAGACUUACAUCCUCUCUAAGUCCUGCACUUGUACCUGUAUUUUGUUCCCCUUAAUUUUCAAUUAAGGUUAAUCUACAGUUUUUCAAAUUAGUAAAAUGCAAAUCUGUUUUGUGCAUUUUUAGUGAAUUUCUACUUUGUUUCGGGUAGCUCAGAUGGCAAAUUAUAUCGACCUGUGCAAUUACGUGCACAUGCGACCACAUUGGCAUAACAGGCAGGUGUGCAACAAGUGAACAUGCAGUCUGCUGUUUUCUCAGGGUUGAAUCGGAACCAGCGUUAAUGACGACGGCGUUGGUGGUAACUGAGGAGCUGAGUGCUUUUCUGGGUGACAGAGCAACAGAACUCUGCCAGACUUGAGUAAAGUUAGCUCUGUGGUAAGUGGUACCCUGAUUGUUGCCCCAGGAGCCCCUCCCUCUCUCUCCCCCCUGGGGUUCGACUCCUUUCAAAAGGACAGAAACUCCUCCUUUUCUAUGAUUGAUGAAUGUUUGUUAAUAGAUGUACAGAGAUUUUCUGGAUAUACUUAAUCCACCCAUUGGGGUAAUUUAACCCAUCACAUCUCUGUGCAGAGUUCAAGUGUCUGACAAAAGUUUUGAGGUUUUCCGUUUAAAAUAAUGAAAAUAAAAUGUUUGAAUUUUUUGCCGAAGCAAACUAGUCGGGGGGGGGGGGAAACCCUUUUCACAUCUUCACUCCUUGGCAGACUAAAUGUGGUUGUCCACCAAAUGGCUUGUUCUCUUGGGACUGUUGACAUCAGCAGUCUGUAGUUUUACUCCAAGAAUAAAGCUCAGUUUUGCUUCCAGUUCUGACCUUGUAAAUACUGUAUUCUGUUGCCAUGUAAAUAUUUAGGUUUAUCUCCAUCUGUAAAUGGUUGUAGAAAUUUCAUGUUUCCAAUUCUGAAUGUUUCAAAUAUGUUUCCAAUUCUGAAUGUUUCAAAUCACUGCUUUUCCAAUGAAGAUAAAUUUUACUGUAGAUUUUGUGUGUACUUGUCAUCACCUUCUGAAAUUCCUGUGUCAAGUCUCAUGCCACUCUAAAUCUAUCAAUAAAAUACACUUUUAUAAGGA